AUGGCCUAUCUCCGUGUCCCAUCGAUUAUAUUAUCACUUCUGCUAAUCAGUUUGUCUUCAUUAAGCUUCAAUGGUGAUUUGGUUGGAGCUCGCCAUCUUCUGGAGAUACCUAAGCCUGAAUUGCCCGAGAUUCCAAAGCCCGAGCUGCCAACAUUUCCUCAUUUGCCUGACAUUCCAAAGCCCGAGCUGCCAACAUUUCCUCAUUUGCCUGAGUUUCCAAAGCCCGAGCUGCCAUCAUUUCCUCAUUUGCCCGACCUUCCUAAGCCCACAUUGCCCAAGGACUUCCCUGUGAUCCCUACUCACUCAACCACUAAUCCUUAA